AUGGAGCCGGGCAUUCACGAAAUUGAUCCAAAUGGGGAUACUCUUCUCACCCUACGCUAUCCCAACGCACCAUUUGCAAUCCGAGAGAACAAGCAAGAAAUACGAAUACGACUCUCGUCAAAACAUCUUACAUUAGCGUCUGCGUACUUUGAAAAAAUGAUGGCCAACGACUGGAGGGAGACCAACCCUGAGGAUGGCUAUUCUUAUGUUGUAACUGCUGAUGGAUGGGAUCAGAAAGCGUUACUUAUCCUAAUGAAUAUAAUCCAUGGCCAGACGACAAAGGUACCCCGAACAAUCAGUCUUGAGAUGCUUACCAAAAUGUCUGUUCUUGUCGAUUACUACAAAUGCCACGAGGCGGUAGAAUUCUUCGCGAAAACGUGGAUUAGUAAUCUGACAGAACCAGUUCCUUCUUCUUAUGGAAGAAAUCUCUUGCUUAGGCUCUGUGUAUCGUGGGUAUUCUCAGAAGCCGACACUUUCCAGUCGUUGACAAAGACCGUCGUAUAUGAGAGCAGAGGUCCCAUUCAUUCGCUAGAUUUGCCAAUACCGGGGGACGUUAUUGACGCUCUUGAGAUGAGGAGGCAGAAUCUUGUCUCUGAAGUUAUUUCCGGCCUACAUGACCUGAAAUCCCAGUUCUCUAAGGAUGAAGGGACUUGUUCCUUUGAAUGUUCUUCGAUUCUACUGGGUGCUCUUAUCAAGGGCAUGAAUGCAGCUUGUAUUCUUGACCCGCUACCAAAAUCAGGAUUUGAAGGCUAUAGUUUCAAGGCACUGGAACAAGCUGUUAUCAAUAUCCAGGAGCCAAACUACAGUUCUAUACCUAACUCCUACAGCCUUUGCAAAAGACCCACGUAUUCAGCCCUGCGUCGCAGAUGCACACUUCUGGAGAAAACCAGGCCAAUCAUCGAUACAAAAGUUGAGACAAUGUGUGGGCUAGAAUUGAUAGCCUUCACCAAUCAAGGCUAA